UUUUUUUUGGAAACGGAGUUUUGCUCUGUCGCCAAGGCUGGAGUGCAGUGGCGCCAUCUCGGCUCACUGCAGCCUCCGCUUCCUGGGUUCCAGCAAUUCUCCGGCCUCAGCCUCCCGAGUAGCUGGGACUACAGGCGUGCGCCGCCAUGCCUGGCUAAUUUUUGUAUUUUUAGUAGAGACAGGGUUUCACCGUGUUGGCCAGGAUGGUCUUGAUCUCCUGACCUCGUGAUCCGCCUGCCUCGGCCUCCCAAAGUGCUGGGAUUACGGGGGUGAGCCACCGCGCCUGGCCCCAAUUAAGAGAUAUUUUGCAAACCCUAAUAUGGCACUUUAGAACACUAUGUUUAUCUUGUAUAGUUCUAAGACUUUUUUCCUUUUGAUGAAUGUAUUAAGUUCUUGAAAACUAUCUCUCCUGAUAAACGUCUAGAAAAUUUAACUGAAAAGAUCAGAGCUUUUAAACAAAUGUAAACUACUUAGAUGCAGAGCAAAUGUUUUUCAAAAUUCAAAUUGUGUAGACUAGUAACCGUGUUUUAUUUCCAUGUUUCAAAUGAUGCCUAUACAAUUCCAAGCAUCUGGAGGCUGAGAAUAGUUUAAGAACUCCGAAGACCUACUCGAUACAAAGAAGCAGUACAGGUACCUCCUUAAUCCUGUUACUAGUUACCUAAAUAGUCUCACUAUGCCCCGGUUCUCUCAGCUUAAUCAGUUUAAUGGCAGCUUAUGUAGUACUUUUAUUGUUUUAAACCAAUUCUAAAUAGAUUGUCUACUAUUAAUCGAACACAUUUAUGAGGCAUAUAGAAAAGAUGUCAGAAAGAAGAAAUUUGUAGUUAAGUAAUAACUUGGUUUGUUUACAAUUCAGCAGCAGCAGCAGCCUCACAGCUGAACUACAGCACAGGUCUCCAGAACCAUCACACCAAACUCCUUUUCCUAAGAAAAUCUCACUUGAGCUUUUAACUCUAUAUUAUAUGGAGUUUGGGGAUAUUUGAAAGCAAGUUAAAUAAAAUUCCCACCAAAGGCGGCAUAAGGCACUAGGCAGAAGUAGCCAAACUUAAGUACAGUAAGUCAAUUUCUAGAAAGCUUUGAAUAUUAUUUCAAUUUGUCCGUAUUCAAUGCAAAUCGUUACAAAAUCACGUCUAUUUUGAAUUUAUUAAAUUUCUCAAAGUAUUUUUUCAAAAUCUGAGUUCUUAUAAGAAUUUGUAACAAAUACCUGUUACAAUUAAACAAUACUGAAAGUAUUGUUACUUUUGAUAACCUGGUAUAGAUGUUUCUUAUUAACCCGCUGUAGAGUUGAUCUACACCUGCCAGUUACCAUGGUCUUCUAAAAGCACUGUUCAAGCCCUAAAAUUAACUCAGUUAAGACUCAGUUGUUUAAUAACGUGUCAGGAACCACCUGUCCCUCAGACUAAAAAUCACUUCUCAUUUUAACUACUCUAGCACUAAAAGUGAAUAGCAUAAUAAUGUAUCUACUAGCGCUACUGCUAAACAGGCCGGGUCCCCUGAAACUUAUCCCUAAACACAGUGCUUUCGUGCGGCAUCUGCGCCUUACUUUUGCAGUCUGGGGUGACUGAGUCAACGUGACCGUGCGGAGCACCAAGCAGCCCCGGGUCCCCAUGGCUACCGCCAGGGCAACGCUUCGUGGCCCGCUCCUCAGGGACCCUCAGGGGCGGCACCGGGAAAUCAGCUUUGCGGAGAGGAACCGCAGGGCUCCGGGGACGGGCUAGGGCAGCCGGCGGGUAGCAGAGGCAAGUCUGGCAAACUCUUCCCGGCUUCUUCGCGGCGCUUGGGGCAGACGUCCUGGCGACACCAGGCCGCGUCGGUUCCCCUUCAUCCUAUUUUCCCUUUAACACGGUGGCUUGAGAACUUUAUUUUGUGCUCACUCAAGAAAAUUUUAAAUGAUUUUACAGAUACAACCCCAAAGAUGAAGCUCCAACAAACCCGCCACUACUCGAGCCUUUCUCACCGUCUUCCUUACAGGCCCCACCCCCUACCGCGAGGAGCACGAGCUGAGAGGAACACAAGCCCCCGUUGGGCACUCCCCGGCCUCGCCCCACCCCCAGGCGCGCACCCAACCCAUAUAAGGCGAGGGGAGGCAAUCGCCCCAGCUCUGCCUCCGCCUCGCGCGCCGUCCAGAGGGAAGGAUUUGCAAUAGACUUCCUCAGUUCAUUUCUUCUUAUUCCCUCCUCCCUUAAAGGGCCGUUUCCACAAUGGUGAAAGGAACGCACCAGUAAACCACAAUAAUCAUAAAAGAUGACUGUAAUUAUGACUCUUUCUGAAACCAGAAACCGCGAGUUCAUGCCCCCACCUCAAGAGCCCGAGCUUCCCCCUCUCUGAACCAUCCCCACACCCGCUCCCGCGAGCUCCCGCUUACGCUUUCCGGGCGGCGCGCGACGCGCUCGCUCCGCCCCUCUGGCCCCGCCCCUCUGGCCCCGCCCCCAGCUCCCCUUCUUGGUCUCAGGAGAGCCAGCGCGCACAAGCAAGGGUGUGCGGCUCUGAGACGUGCGUUGGUGCUUGUGGGUGUGAGACAUCCUAGCUCCUCUUCCCCUUCCGUGAGUCCCUCCUUUCCUCGCAGACCCCACUUGUCGUGGCUGGCUGCCGCCGCAGCUCUUGUGCCAAGCCAGCAGUGCGCGUGCGCGCGGGCACGGGCGCGCGACCGUCGGGUCCCCGCGCUCCCUCCCCCUCCCGCUCCUCUAUAACUUGGCUGGCGUGGAGGAGGCGCCGCCGGAGUCGGAGGGCGGGGAGCUAGGAGGAGGGAGCUCGAGAGUUGUGGAGACUAGUGACUGGGAGAAGUCGCAGCCCGCUCAGGCCCGCGCCUUCCCGCUCCCCGUCUUCCUCUCUCACACACCUACUCCGCCCUCCGCCCCAGCCCGCGCGCUAGCUCCUUCUCUCGCCCGGGGUUCCUGCCGGUAGCUCUCCGGGUCUUGGCGCGGCGGGGGCGCCCCGGGGGUGCCCUCGCCCUCCCGUUGCGGGCGGGCGGGCGGUAUGUGGCGCCUGGUGCCCCCGAAGCUGGGCCGCCUGUCCCGCUCGCUGAAGCUGGCGGCGCUGGGCAGCCUGUUGGUGCUGAUGGUGCUGCACUCGCCGUCGCUGCUCGCCUCUUGGCAGCGCAACGAACUGGCCGACCGGCGCUUCCUGCAGCUCAAUAAGUGCCCGGCGUGCUUCGGCACGAGCUGGUGCCGCCGCUUCCUCAACGGGCAGGUGGUAUUCGAGGCGUGGGGCCGCUUGCGCCUGCUGGACUUCCUCAACGUGAAGAACGUGUACUUCGCGCAGUACGGCGAGCCCCGCGAGGGCGGCCGCCGCCGAGUGGUGCUCAAGCGCCUCGGCUCGCAGCGCGAGCUGGCGCAGCUCGACCAGAGCAUCUGCAAGCGGGCCACCGGCCGGCCCCGCUGCGACCUGCUGCAGGCCAUGCCCCGCACCGAGUUCGCGCGCCUCAACGGCGACGUGCGUCUGCUCACGCCCGAGGCGGUGGAGGGCUGGUCGGACCUGGUGCACUGCCCCUCGCAGCGCCUUCUCGACCGCCUGGUGCGCCGCUACGCGGAGACCAAGGACUCGGGCAGCUUCCUGCUCCGCAACCUCAAGGACUCGGAGCGCAUGCAGCUGCUGCUGACCCUGGCCUUCAACCCCGAGCCGCUGGUGCUACAGAGUUUUCCGUCUGAUGAAGGUUGGCCAUUUGCAAAGUAUCUUGGAGCUUGUGGAAGAAUGGUGGCUGUAAAUUAUGUUGGAGAAGAACUGUGGAGUUACUUUAAUGCGCCAUGGGAAAAACGAGUUGACCUCGCUUGGCAAUUAAUGGAAAUAGCAGAACAGCUUACAAACAAUGACUUUGAAUUUGCACUCUACCUCCUGGACGUCAGCUUUGACAAUUUUGCAGUUGGUCCUAGAGAUGGGAAGGUAAUCAUUGUGGAUGCUGAAAAUGUUUUGGUUGCUGACAAAAGAUUAAUUAGACAAAAUAAACCUGAAAAUUGGGAUGUAUGGUAUGAAAGCAAGUUUGAUGACUGUGAUAAGGAGGCUUGCUUAUCAUUUUCAAAAGAAAUUCUUUGUGCUCGUGCCACUGUGGACCACAAUUACUAUGCUGUUUGUCAGAACCUCUUAUCCAGACAUGCCACCUGGCGUGGCACUUCUGGAGGACUCCUUCAUGAUCCACCAAGUGAAAUUGCCAAAGAUGGCCGGCUCGAGGCCUUGCUGGAUGAGUGUGCCAACCCAAAGAAGCGCUAUGGCAGAUUCCAGGCUGCAAAAGAACUGCGUGAAUACCUAGCACAAUUAAGUAACAACGUGAGGUAGUCUAUGGUGAACUUUUCUUUUUUUCUCCAUUUAAACAGCACUGGCUAAAACUAAACCACCAAAAAACGAUCUGAAAAAAUGAAAUUUGGAAGUGUUACAUUCAGAGGAUGAUAAACUUGCACUGAUAGAUCUUAAUGUUAACAUCCAUCAAAAUAAGACAUUACUUCAAAAAUCACAUGAUGCUUCUGCAAAUAAGUAUGUUCUUAUACUUUGGAGGCUUGAGCUGUCAUCAGCUGCUCCCCACUACCCCGGAAUGCUUGAGUGGAUUAAUGAAUAUUGUUAAGCUAUUGGAAAUGAGUCUGAUAGUACAUUGGCUUGUGUAUCAAAGGGUACUUGGUACUUAGUUUGCAUUUACUAUCAUGAUUUUGUGAAUCUCUUGCAUUUACUUUGAAUGUCAAGUCAGAUUGGUCUGUUUUAUAGGCCGCUUUUUCCUUCUGAUGUGUAGGGUUUUUUCCCAUUUUUUUUUUUAAUUAAAUUUUGAAAAUUCAGGUUACUGUAGGUGUUCAUUUAAAUUUUUGAUAGUUGUCAUUCAGUGCUAUUUGGUACAUAUUUACUGUUAGGGCAGGAUUCCCAGGUUUACUGUGUUUUUUUUUUUUUUAAAGAAAGCUAAAUAUUACAUUAUGUAAAUACUUCUUUUCACCAACUUCUGUAGUUUCACCAUUGCAUGGUGUCAUUUCAGGUUAUUUAACAGUUAUAUCCCUCUAUGCCGAUAAUUAGAAGUGUACACUAAACAUGAAGUUUGGCAUAUGUUGCAAAAUGUCAUUUUAUCUUCUCUAAAGGCUUUAAGAAGAAUAUACUAGAAUCUAUAUAUUGAUGUUAAUUUUGAUUCAGAAAAAAAAUACAACCCAGUAUCUAAAAAGUGUUAACUAGUCCAAGAUAGUAAUGCAUAUGCCAAAGAAAUAUUACACCUAAUCUCAUGUUUAGAAUUUAAAAUAGAAUUGGUCAGCUACUUAUUCUUACCACCCGACUUCCAGUAUUUUAGCUCUGUCAUUAUUAAAUUCAGAUCUUCCUGAUUAUUUUUUCUGUUGAAAGUUAAACUACUGCUUUCAAGUAAUUUAAAGUUAUCCUACCUUUUAUUCAUGGGUAGUUUUGCAAAAUUAACAUGGUAGCCAUUGUUUGAAUUUAAUCGGGCAUCAUAACCUUUCAUUUAUUGAGGAACUAAUCAUUAUUACUAUAAAGCAUACAAAUUAGCCAGUCAGCACACUUUGGUCUUCUUUACCUAAGGGUUAAACAUCAAAACAUCAAAUUUAAUUAUUUGCAUAGAAAUGUGUGGGCUCUUUAAAAAAUGUUACAGUAUAUAAGUUGACUAUCACUAACAGGUAAUAUUUUUCUAUUUGAAGUUGUUACUUUUGUUUACAGCAAAGUUUGAUGUAGUGUGCAGUAGUGAGCUCUAGACUGAUCUUUUUCUAAAUCAGAAAGUGAUUAAAGUAUGCACAACCAAAGGCAGGUUUUUCUUUUUCAUUUAUUCAGCAACUAUUUAUUAAGCAUCAACUCUGUGCCAGGCACGUUACUAGCUGCUACAUACUGUCUGAACAUGACAUACGGUUAAGUAACUUUACAAUUAUUAUCAAAUACUUCAAUGUAGAUAUUUCUUAAGUUGAAAUAGCAUUAACUAGGAUAAUGCUUUCAUGUUAUUUUAUUGUCUUGUGAUAGAAAUUCAACUUGUACCAUCUAAAACUAGGUUGCUAUAAAAAUAGGAGGAUGAAGUCAAUAAAGUUUAUCCCAGUUUAAAAACUGGAAGGAAAAGGUAAGAGCUCUCCAUUAUAAAAUAGUUGCAUUCGGUUAAUUUUUACAUAUUAGUGCAUUGCGUAUAUCAACUGGCCCUCACUGAAGCAUUUAAGUGCUUGGAAUUUUACUAAACUGACUUUUUUGCAACUUUGGGAGAUUUUUGAGGGGAGUGUUUAAAGUUGCCAAACACUCACCUCUUACUCAAAACUUCAAAUAAAAUACACAUUUUCAAAAGGGAGCACCUUUUAUAUUUGAUAAGUUUUCAUUAUAAACCUUACAAUACCAGUCACAAAGAGGUUGUCUGUCUAUGGUUUAGCAAACAUUUGCUUUUCUUUUUGGAAGUGUGAUUGCAAUUGCAGAACAGAAAGUGAGAAAACACUGCCAGCAGUGAUUGCUACUUGAGGUAGUUUUUUACAACUACCAUUUCCCCUCCAUGAAAUUAUGUGAAAUUUAUUUUAUCUUUGGGAAAAGUUGAGAAGAUAGUAAAAGAAUUAGGAAUUUAAAAUUACAGGGAAAAAUAUGUAAGUGAAAAGCAAUAAAUAUUUUGUUCACUUUGCUAUCAAGAUGUUCACUAUCAGAUAUUUAUUAUAUGGCAGCAAUUUAUAUUUUUAAUCAUUGCCCAUUAAUAGACGCAGUAAAAUAUUUUUGAAUCAGACAUUUGGGGUUUGUAUGUGCAUUAAAAUUGUCUUUUGUACUGUAAGUUACUGUUAAUUUGAAUAUUUUAUUGAACUGUCUCCCUGUGCCUUUAUAAUAUAAAGUUGUUUCUACAACUUUUAAUGAUCUUAAUAAAGAAUACUUUAAGAAUCACA